AAGAUCAUCCGGGUGCCAUCAGUCACCGAGAGAUGAGGUUGGAAUUGAAGGAACGUGAAACUUUGAGCAUCACACCCCUCUCCCAAAAGACGGUAUAAAGAGCGCCAACUGUAUAUUCACUUUUUAUUCUAUGCUUCCGGCUUGAGUCCACACCAUGGAUUUUGGGUUAGUAGUUUAAGAAAAACUAGGCGACUGUUGUCUUCACGUUUGCGAGAUUUCUGACUGGCUGAGAGACGUUGGGCAAAAAAAUCUUAAUUAUGGAUUUUGGCAAGUCCUGUGAGAAAAAGGAGAAGGACAAGUGCACUGAGAAGAAAGAAAAAAGCAAAGAGCAUAAAAAGAAGGGAGAUAAUAGUACAUCUUCAAGUUCCAGCAGCUCAUCCAGCUCCAGUUCUUCAGAGGGUGAGGGAAAAGGAAAGUGUGCUGGUGAAAAGGUGAAGAAGCAUAAGAAAAAGGAGAAAAAAUGCAAAGGAGAGAAAGGGAAGCAUAAACAUUGCAAAUAAUGGCAGCAAAACACUUGUAGAAGUGACAUUUGUGCACGUGUCUAAUGUCCUGGCCUUUCACUUUUUAAAGAUGAAGUUUCUUCCUUUACACGCUUGGUUUAUGGCCCUUCUUCCACUAUUAAUUGUUCAUAGGCAGCCAUUUAAUUUUGGGACAUGAUGUACUCAGAUUAUUAGUUUUUAGCUGUGUGCGCUAGUCCAAGUAACUUUUCAGCAUAGGUCUUUGUUAGUUUUCUAUUUCUCCAUCUCUGCUGUGAAAAUUCAUAUUGACCUUAUAAAGGACUGAGUUGUUUUUA